AUGAUAUUGGCACAACCAACUUCUCAUGCAGAAAAAGAAGAAACAAAAUCUUUUAUUGAAAAAAUUGAGCUAAUGCAAAAUACAUCAAUUAUGGAAAUAAAAUAUUUUUUAAAUGAGUAUGAAAAUGGUUCAUAUUCGUUAAGUUACAAUUUUACGGUUUUGGUAAAAGUCCAAAAUUUAUUUCUACAAAAUUCUGUUAAUCUUUUAAAUGCUGAUGGAAAAUAUGAGCCAUUUGUUGGAAAAGGUGUUACUGAUAUGUGCAAGUUCUGGAGCAAUCGGAAAGGAAACAAAUUGGUUCGAAUUAUGUUCGGGAAUUUAAAAGGCCGAAACCUUCCAAAGUCAUGUCCAAUCGAGCCGGGAUUUUAUUUUGCAAAAGAUAUCAUAUUUGAUGGAAAAAAAUUGUUAACUCACAAUAUUUGGGAUGUGAAACUUAUGAUUGCAUUGGACUAUGGCACAAAAAUUAAUGGAAAAAUGUUGAAUUUUAUGAGAUUAAAAAUUUAUAUUGAUUUUAGAGAACACAUGAAAAAAAAGCCAAGGCAAAAAUGA